AGAGAGAGAGAGAGAGAGAGAGAGAGAGAGAGAGAGAAAGAGAGAGAGAGAGAGAGAGACAGCACCCAAGCACCAUAAACCCACAAACACACACACACACACACGCACGCAAACUUUACAUAGUCAUAACGGCACAAGUUUUUGCACGCAAUCUGAACGCCGCACGCAAAAACACCACAUUUUUGACUCGUUCACAGCGGUACACUCGAGGCCGACCACCUGUGCCACUCGAGGACAGUUGUAAGCUUGUCCUCGAGAACAUCAAACCCCGAGGACGAGACCUGACACUCGACCAACAAGUUCAAAAUGAGUCGCUUCUCUGCUCUUACUCUCGUCCUUCUCAUUUUGUCUCCCACAAUCCAUGACUUCCAAAUCUACGGGGAUGUUAAUGUCUCCCUCAACAGGCUAAGAAGACAAGUGGGCCAGCAGGAACCCCACAUGCAGCCCCUUCUCAACCCCCUCAUUCCCACCUCCAUAGGACACUAUCUGGGGGCUGACCAGGCGGUGGACAGCUGUGUGCGGGACGAGGUGCUGGUGAAGGGGGGGUGCCAUCGCCUCCUCACCCAGGGCCCGUGUGCGAGGGACGAGUAUGUGGUGAUGGACCCUGGGGACCUGAAGGGCUACUGUGUGCCUCGCCUCUGCGCCCCUGACCGGAUCUUCGUCUUUAGUGACCAGAUGUGCCACGACCCUAAGAGUUCUGCCCUGUGCCCGCCGGGGCGCCACCUGUACCAGACGGCCUACGGUACACCAGUCUGCCAGUGUCCUGACGGUACAUACGAGGGAGAUGAUGACCUUGAUGAUGAUGUUUGUGACCCUAUCCUCGGCAGAACACUAUCUUGCCCCCCUAACCAGGUGUUAUGGUUCACAAACUUCAGAAUGCCUCCGGAGUGCCUGCCUGACCCUUGUGGUGGAGAAAACUUAAACAGAGGCCCUAAUGAUUUGCCCUUCGUCCCCUCUGCUACUGACGGGAAGUGCUACCAACUCGGCCAGAAGCCAGCAGUGUGCCCAGCCAAGACAUGGUACUCCCUCGCUCUGGAGACCCUCAGAGGCGUGUGCACUGAUGUAGAGGACGCUGGAUAUCAAGUUUUCGACCAAGAGACACUGGCUUUCCUGACGGAGAUGUACAGUGCUCCAAUAGCUCGAGACACCACUAGUUCCAUCGCCCCCGGACAGAUGCAGCAAGCAGGUCAAGGAAUAGGUCAAAGCCAGAUCUUCUCAGGUCAAGGGGCCAUUCCAGGUCAAGGUGUUGGGGGUCAAGGCACUACGACACUGCUAAGACAAGGUGCCACUGGGUUCAGAGGUCAGAGUGGAGUGCCAGGCCAGCAGUUCAGAGGUCAGACUGGAGCCACUGGGCAGGGAUUCACUACCAACCUGGGCCAGCCUGGAACCACCACUGGGCAAACGUUUACUGGUUCUAGUGGUCAAGGGUUCAUGGGCCAGCCUGGAACCACCACUGGGCAGACAUUUACUGGUUCUAGUGGUCAAGGGUUCAUGGGCCAGCCUGGAACCACCACUGGGCAGACAUUUACUGGUUCUAGUGGCUCCAGUGGCCAGACAGGUUCCACAGGGUCCGGUGGGCAGAGAUUCACUGGACAGACAGGGGCGAGUGGGCAAGGCUUCACCACAAACUUCGGACAGGCUGGCAGCACAGGGGCGGGCUUCAGGGGGCAGGGUGGCACCACCACGUCGGGGCAGGCUGGCACCACCUCUCAAACAUUCCCUGGAACCACUCAAGGAUUCACCCCGCAGUUCACAGGCCAAGGAUUUGCAGGACAAGGAUUUGCAGGACAAGGAUUUGCAGGACAAGGAUUUGCAGGACAAGGAUUUGCAGGACAAGGAUUUGCAGGACAAGGGUUUGCAGGCCAAGGAUUCACAGGCCAGACCUUCCCCGGCCAGAGCUUCCCCGGGCAGGUGUUCACAGGACAAGCCUUCCCAGGGCAACAGUUUGCAGGCCAACAGUUCGUCGGUCAGCAGAGAAACAACACCAGCCUGCAAUCAGCUCGCGGCUUCACAGGGCAGGUUGGCAUGACCCCUGGCCAGAUGACGACCUCCACCGUAGGUCAGACCCCUGCAGUCACUUACGACCCCUCCAGGACGACCAGCACCUCCACCACCACCGUCCGAGGCCAGACAACCACCACAGUGUUUGGUCAAUCAAGCACGACCACGGCAGGGCCACUGGGGGCACCCAGGGGUGGCUCCCACAGAGGUCACCCGCCGCACAUCACCUCCAGAAGCAGACACCAGCAGACAUUACCAUCAUCACCAUCAUCACCAUCAACAGUCACGCAGCUACAGCCAGUCUCACAACACGUCCCUGGAACCACGAAUUUCCAGGGAUUCAGUCACCAGCAGCCCAUGGUCCACAGUCGCUCCAGCUUCCACAGCCCACACAUGAGCCAAGCGUCACCAGUACUGAGCCCACGAAUGCCCAUGGCGCCCCACAUGAUAAACCAACACGGGGCGCUCAUUCCGGGCCAGCCGUUCUUCCUGAGUAACGAGCAGCAGUCCCUGGAGAUGUUUGGCGGUCCAGGGGCCAUGAGGACUCAACUGGGUCGGUCCAUGAGCUCCCACCCUGGUUUCUCGGCCAAUCCCAGUGCCCAGGGGGAUCUGAGUGUGGUGAUGGGGCAGCUGUUGGCUCAGAGGAAUGGGGUGUCUGGGAAUUCUGACCUCAGCUUCCUACAGACCCCAAGCUCACACCCACAUCACGGCUUCUUCAAUGGAGUGAAAACAUUGAUGGCUGGCGUGCUGGAAAACCCUUCAUUCCGGCACCAGCAGCAGCACCAGCAGCAGCACCAGCACCAGCAGCACCAGCAGCACCACAGGGGUAAGCGCUCCCCCCUGCCGCACGCCACCCCCGGUAACGUAUUUGAGACGCGUCUGGUGGGGUGCCGCGCUGGUGCCCAGAGAGAUAUCAACGCCAAAUGCAGGGAUACGAUUCUUCCCGCUGAGCCCCCAGCCAAGAGAAGCCUGAGAGCCGUCCCUCCUGUGCCGCCCCGCCCUGGAUGCCCCACUGGUCAGGCGUACGACAGGCGGAGGAGAUGCGCCCCCCUUAACGACGCUGUCAACUCCAUCAACGCCUUCAACCUGGGAAAGUAAAGCCCUCCGUGACGCCAUCUUGGAGCGCUCACCCCCCACCCCUUUAUGAUAUUUACUCCAUUUUCCUUUGGUUUCUUUCUGUUCCUUCUUAUUCUUUCUCUCUCUCUCUCUCUCUCUUUUUUUUUU